GGGAUCUCUAGAAUGUAAAGAUUCCAUUACCUGUGAGGGUUUGUGAGCUCUAGUACAACAAAAGGCAAGUCUGAGGGAAUGGGGAGAGAUUAGUGACUCACAGAUAUAUUGAGGAGCAGUAGAGUGGUGAGUUUAAUUUUGAGUCUGAGGGAAAAUAUGCAGUUUAUAAGCAUCGAGAAAGAAGCAAGAAGGUGGAUGGGAGCCAGUAUGGCUUUGUCGUGAAUGAAUUGAGCCAAUCUAAUUUCCUUUCCUUGCAGCAUAACAAGGCUUGCAGAUAAGAGAAAAGCAGUAUGUGUCAUAUAUCUUGAUUUUUAGUAGAGCUUUUGACACUGGCUUGCAGGAUAUUCUAAUAAUAAACUGGGAACCGAGUCUAGAUGAUACUGCUCUAAGGGAGUUGCAAAACUGGUUGAGGGGAAAAUGUACUUGGUUUGUACACUCAGUGCUUGCACAGGGAAUUACCCUGGGUCCAUUACUCAUCCAUGUUGAAAUACAGAAUGUAAUUACUGCAUUAGGAGAUGAGAUUGAGUUUGAAGGCAGAAUAAACAGAGUGGUAGAACUAGGAUUCGAAAUGGGAGCUCUCUGGGAAAAAAAUAGGAUGCAGUUCAGUAGCAGGUGCACUGAUGUGCACUUUGAUGUAAUCAGCUUUGGAAUUACAAGACUGGGAAGAAUUGGGCAGCUGGCUGUGCUGCAGGAGAGGAUGGAGGGAGCUGCCGUGGGUCCCAAGUGGUUUGGGAGCCUAACAUCUUGCUGUUGCACAAGAGGCAAACACCAUGUGGGACCCUAGAGGUGCACAUAAUGAUCCUGCUCCUGACAUAUCUGCAGCCACACAGGAUGCUUGUGAGGAAGGGUGUUUCAUGAACUCAGCUGCUGGAGUAUAGGGACAAGAGGCUGAAAUACAAAGACCAUUGAAGGAAGCCUUCAUUCAGAGGCACAUCUUUGGCUGUGCCCUGCUUGCCAAGGGGGACUGGUGGAUUUCAUCAGUGAGAGGAGCUGAUCUUUGGCACACGAACCACAGACUGAAUCCUUGGCAGGAGCAGCCACGUUGGUGGUGGAAUUAAGGAGGAGUGAGCUGCAAAGGGAGCAACCGGAUCUCUCCAUGAAGUGAGGCAGGUCAAAAUGGCAAACCUUAAAUAGCUACAAGCUCACUCAGCCCCUGGACACAUCAGCAACGGCAUCUACAUUUCUGAGGGAGUGAUCCCAUUUCUUGGCUGGCAAAAGGCACUGAAGAACACUUUGCCUUGUGAAGCACCACACAGAGGGAUGUGCUUCUGGUUCAUGUAACCUCAUGGAAGUAUUAGGCAUGAACAGUCUAUUUGCUCAACCAAAUAACUUGAGUAGCAAACUUGAACAAGGAUCACAGGACUGGAGAUGUCCCACAGCACAGCAGAGUUGGUGUUUAUCCAACCCACCUCAACAGGCCAAAUUCCCAGGUUUUGGGGAGCAAAUUAAGCUGCCUUUAAAACAAGCUUCCCUCCUCUUGGUGCCACCCCAUCACAGAGCCCUGGGACAUUCCUGUACCCACCACAGGGACGAGGCACUGGACUGGGGACCAGUUUGCCCCGACCUGCCAUAAGUGCUGGCAAUGCACGAUGUGAUUCUGGGCAAUGCAUGAUGUGAUGCUGCUUCCCUCCCUCAGGAGCACCUCUCCUCCUUGUCUGCCAGCAGUCACAAUCCCAUGGCUGUUUCAACAGGAUUGAUGGAAAACCAUACUUCUUUCUUUAUUUCCAUGAGUUGCUUUCCCUUCAAAUGAGCCGUCUGGACUGAUGCAGCCCUAUGGUUCUCUGGCUAUAGAGGAGCUAGGGAAGAAAAGCAGGGGAGCAAGAGAAAAGCAAAGCAGAGGAGGGAGAGAAAAGCAGGAGCACUGGUUUUAAGGCUGCAACACUAAAUGAGGAGAAACAACAAGCUGCACCUUGAGCCUCGGAAAAUGCAGCUGCGAUGCUGAGCUUUGCCUCUGGCUCAGCACUAAGACAGGGCUAACAAUAAAUCCCUUCUCCCACCUUCUGCAUGUCCUGAUUAGAUAGACUGUGACAGACGGGGGCUGUCCCUUAUUAUGUGCUUGUUCAGUGCCUGGCACAAUGCAGCUCUGAUCUCAGCUCAAACGCGCGGCUGCUGCGCGAACAAUAGCACCAAAAUGAAUCUAAUGGCUGGUGGUGGGGAGGUCACUGACGUCUGCCUCCCCGCCAGGAACCACUGCAUCCCCACUGGAAAAGGAGGAAUUUCCAGCCUCCGUCCCUGCCACACUUGGGAAUUGCCCCGCAUUGCCCACCAGCAGUUACCUCAGCAGCUGGUUCAGGAACCCACGUGGAUAUUUCCUUGGUAAGCACGUGAAGGCUUUCGGCUGGCCCCUCUCCCCAACCUGCCAAGAUGUCACUUUUGAUCAAACACAAUGAGAGGUUGAGGAAGUUCAAGAACAAAGGCAAAGACCCCACUGCCCUGCGGAGGCAGAGAGUGGAGGUGAUCGUUGAGCUGCGAAAGGCCAAGAAGGAUGAGCAGAUCUUGAAGCGCAGGAACAUUGAACAAAAUAAAAUGGAGAUGGAGAGGAGCCUCUCUACAGGAGAAGGUGAAAGAAAUGAGAUUACUCAGCUCUCCUUGGAGGAAAUCGUUCAAGGUGUGAAUGGGAGUGACACUGAGCUGCAGCUGCAGGCCACGCAGGCCACCAGGAGACUGUUAUCCAGGAGGAAGGACCCCCCUAUCAACGAGAUCAUCAAGCUGGGCAUCAUCCCCAGGCUGGUUGAAUUCCUCACCCGUGCUGACAGUGCUCCUCUGCAGUUUGAAGCUGCCUGGGCACUGACUAACAUCGCUGCUGGCACCUCUGACCACACCAAGGCAGUGGUGGAAGGAGGUGCCCUCCCAGCCUUCAUCUCCCUCCUGUCCUCCCCACACAUGCACAUCAGUGAGCAGUCUGUAUGGGCUCUGGGCAACAUUGCAGGUGAUGGUCCUCUAUACAGAGAUGCUCUUAUCAACUGCAAUGCGAUUCCUCCCUUGCUGGCUCUGGUGUCUCCUGCAACUCCAGUUUGGUUCCUGAGGAACAUCACAUGGACACUCUCAAACUUCUGCAGGCACAAGAACCCCUAUCCUCCCCUGGAUGCAGUACAGAAGAUACUGCCAGCCUUCAUCUGCCUCCUGGAACAUGAGGACAAGGAAAUAAUCUCCGAUUCCUGCUGGGCCACUUCCUUUCUGACCGAUGGCUCCAACGAUCGCAUCCAAGUCGUGGUGGAUACAGGGAUUCUCCCAAGGCUGGUGGAACUCAUGGCCAGCCCAGAGCUGAUCGUUUUGACUCCAGCUCUCCGUACCAUUGGGAAUGUGGUCACAGGGACUAAUGAGCAGACCCAGGCAGCUAUCGAUGCUGGUGUCUUGGCUGUCCUGCCCCAUCUCCUGCAGCAUGCAAAGCCAGCUAUACAGAAGGAAGCAGCGUGGGUGCUCAGUAACAUCGCAGCAGGGCCUUGCUGGCAGAUCCAACAACUCAUCACCUGUGGGUUGUUGCCUCCUCUGGUGGAGCUGCUUGAUAAGGGGAACUUCAGUGCCCAGAAGGAAGCUGUGUGGGCAGUGGCCAACCUCACAACAGGAGGAAGUGUGGAGCAGAUAGUGGAGCUUGUCCAGUCUGGGGUCCUCAAACCUCUGCUCAACCUGCUCUUGGCCAAAGACAGCAAAAUUAUCCUGGUCAUCCUGGAUACCAUUUCAAAUCUCUUCCUGGCAGCUGAGGUGCUGGGAGAGACAGAAAGGUUGUGUCUGCUGGUGGAGAAGCUUGAUGGUCUAGAGAAAUUGGAAGCCUUGCAGAUCCAUGACAACAAAAUGGUCUGCCAAGUUGCACUGAACAUCAUAGAGAAAUACUUCUCUGGUGAGGUAAAUUCAGACCUGCACUGAGACUGACUGAGGUGGACUCAUGGAUAUGAUCCCUCAGCAGAGAAGCAGAACUUCAACUUCUAAAGGUGAAGCACUACAUAGCUCUGAGCUGGUGGGUGGAGGUGUCUGACAUCUAACCUGAGAGGAGCAAAGAUGCUGAGUCUUUCUACUUUGAGACUUGUCAAUAAAUUGCACUUCUGGCUUUGUACUUCU